UAAACUAAUUAUAGGACGACUAAAAAUUUAUAAAGUUUUAAAAAUUGUAAAAAUAAUUGAAAAUCUUUUUAGUCAUAAAAUUGUAUAAUUAUAAAAAUUACAAAUAAAUAAUAUUUCGAAAUUUGUAUAAUAAUAGUAUAUAUAUAUAUAUAUAUCUAUUAUUAUAUUAUUCAAUGUCAUAUUUGGAUAUAUUUAUUUUAGUAAAGAUGUAUAAAUGUAAUUGUCUAUAUUGCAUUUAUCCAUCUAUAUAUAUAAAGUUGAGAUUGUUUCUCUCUCAAAGUAUCCACCUACGAUUCCAACUCACUAAUUCGUGCAUCCUAGAGCCGCCACGUGUCACGGUCUUUAAAACACAUCGUUUCAUUUAAUUUGGUAAGCAAUAUUUGUGGGCUUCGAUUAGAAUUGAGUUUUAUUUUUUGCUUAAUAAAGCUCAUUCACUACAAGAAAAAUAAGUGAUACUUGACAACCAUAUUAAACAGAAUUUUAUCGGGAACGAGUGUUUCCUAUCAUUUUUUGACAAUCCUAAUUUCAUCGGAGUUUGGGUCUAGAAAAUCACCAUUUUUUGGAAAAUUCUCAGUAAGUUACGAUAACAUAUAUUGUCAGAAAUUUUCAUCGGAAAAUCAUCUGAAUGUACCGAUAACUUUUUGAGUAAUCCACCUCCGAUUAAUUUUCGCCAGCUGAAAAUAUUUAUAUAUAAAAACAAUUAUUUUAAUUAAAUUAUAAAAAUAUUAAAAAUCUUCAUAUAUUUCAUUGCAUUAAUAAAUGUAAAAAUUCAACAACAACAAAAAAUCAAAAAGAAAGAACGGAUCUCCUGUUGGCAAUAAAUUUGAUAAAAUUGGUGGUUUAUGAUGCAACGGUGGUGAUAACGGAUGAGAAGUGAGAGGAAUGGAAGUAGUGGUAAACAGAGUUGUAGCGGUGGUCGUGCAAGGAGUUGCAGCAGCAAGUCGUGGUAGCAGCGGUGAAGGAGUUGCGGCAGUGGCGGUGCAAGGAGUUGGGGCAGAGGCCAUGAAGGAGUUGCGGCAGUGGCGGUGAAAGAUGUGUGGACAGUGGUGGUGCAAGGAUUUGCGGCAGUUGCAGUGGAACCAAGAGUUUCACGAUGGUUCUUUUGUACAAGAAAGUAGAUCUAAAAAGAAAAGAGAGAAAGAUUGGGAAGAUUUGUGACAAAAAAAAAAAAAAUUGGGAAGAAGAAAAAUAAAGAUAUGAAAUUAAAGAGAUAGUACUGACAGCUCUUUUCCACCAUUUGUUUUAUCUAUAGAUAAAAUUAAGAACGAUUAAUAAAAAAAAUAGUUUUAUGCUAAAACACAACCAUUUUGUCCAGAAUCUUUUUUCCAUUACACGUUUCAGUUUGAUCAAAUUAAAACAAAAAAUUAUAUAUAUAUUGUCAAUUGCAAAACUGUAAAUAUAGUUAGAUUGAUAAAUCUAUUUAAUCACUAAACUAAAAACUAUUUAUAUGUUAGUUUGUUCUUAAGACUGGAGACGACAAUUCAAUUAUUCUAAAGCUGAUUUUUUUAUAAAAAAAAAUCAGUUGUAAAUUAAAUUAAUUUUUACAUAAAAAUUUGAAUGAACAAGAUAAAAGACUAUUUUGAUCCUAUCUAACGUUUAAUUAGCUUUUAUUCAUGUAGUUUGCUUUCUUAAAUAUAAUUUUCAGUUAUGGAAAUUAAAUAAUAUUAGUACAAAUAAUUUUAGUUCGUUCAUAAUAAAUAAAACAAAACAAUUUUUUAAUUUAUCUACCAUAAUAUAUUUGUGUAACCGGUUCAUUGUAUAUUUAAGGUAUAUUUAAUUCAUAUGAAACCAAAACUUAAUAUAUACUCAAAAUUUUGUAAAAUGAAACAACGUGAAGACUAUUUAAAUCACUCACAGUAUAUCAAUAUCACAACUUUAUAACAUAAAGACAACAAUUAUUUUUUUUGGACAACAUAAACAAGUAUUGUAAACAAGAAAAAUAUAUCUUAUUACAUAUAAUCUCUCAUGAUCUAAAGCUUUCUAAAAGACAAAAAAUUAUUAUCAUACACAUUUCUUGCAAAUAAAAUCUUAAAACAUAAAUCAUAAAAUUAUACAAAAAAUAAUAAUAUAGAUCACAAGUAAAAUAUAUCUCAUCCUUAAAUUAUAUUAUCAUUUCUACUAUGUCAUGUCAUAUUUAUUUAUUGAUUAUGGUCAAACUGUUCACACUCAUCUUGUUUUAUUUUCUCCUUCCUAUUUUUUUUUUUUGUUUAAUCACGCUAUGUCUCACUAUUCAUCUAACUCAGCCUAUCGAUCCAUCUUGUUUUCAGCUGCAAAAUUAUUACUGACAUCUUCUUUUACAAAGAAAUAAAAAUAUUAUAAAAGUAAAUUUAAAAAGUACCCGACCAAAAGGUGAAUCCGACAUUUUUCCUUUGGUAGUUAACAGUUCUCAUCUUCAUUUCCACUUUCUCUUCCAAAAAAGACAUUUAAAAUAAAAUAUUUAAUAAUAGAAAAUCAUUGAAUUUUUAAAAUCUCUCUGUGUCGCAGACGCAGGCAACAUAUGUAUUCAGAACUCGUGAUUCAUCAUUUCGUUUUGAGUUCAAGCUCCGGCGAUGCAUAACCCCUAGGCGGCGUAGCUCCGACGAAACACGUAUAACUAUAUAUAUAUAUUAAAAAAAAUAUUUAUCGUUUCGUACCGUUUCUUCGUUAAUUCAUGGAUCUACUGUAUUGUUGCUUCUUCUGAUUUGUGCACUUUCAUUGUAUCCACCGUGAAGUUCUUAUAUAGCGUCCGCUUGUGAGCACACGAACCAGUUAUGUAACGCCACUGAAAACAGAGAGGAGGGAAGGGAAGCACUUGUGUGUUUCGAAAUGUCUGGCUCGAGAGUAUCGGAUCUGAGCAAGUUGCAUCUCAAGAGAGAGCUGACUCAAAUCAAGAAAGCUUCCCGCGUUCUACGCGAUCCAGGCACCUCUUCCUCCUGGAGAUCCCCUCUCACCUCCUCCAGAUCCGUCUCCGCGACUGUGCCUGCGGUUCUGGAGCCUCCGGUGUGCAGAAACAAUGCUCUAAAAGGGAAGGAGAAGAAAGUGUUCUUACACAACUGGAAUACUAACAAUGAAUCUUCAUGGACACAACAAGCUAGUCUCAACAACGACGACGAUGGUGAUGAUGUGAGUGAUGCAAGGAAGGGUGGCUAUUCGAUGACUUUCAGGUGCAGAGACACCAAUCUAGCGUCAAAGAGGAGGAAGAAGAGUAAGAGAAACAACAUAGUGGCUAGAAGGAGAUGUGACUCUGCUGAACUAUCAGACGAAACAGAGGAUCCAAGGCACAUCACUGUUGCAUCUCAUUUGCUUUUGAAGCAGCUUAAUCGCAAGAACUGGUCACGUUCUUUGAUAACUAGUAGAAAAGAGGAUUCUUCAUGUACUCAUAACAGCACACCAAGCUCCUUCAACAUCUACGCUCUUCGUAAUCCAAACAACGUUGGAUCUUGGGAUGGUACCACUACAACUUGCGACGGCGAUGGUGAUGAGUUGGAUGGUAACUUGGAUUCACCAGGGAGAAAACAAGGCUGUGGCAUUUGGACCAAGAAGGCUACGAAAGGUGGGUGCAGAAGCUGUUGCUCUCCUUCCUUGUCUGAUACUUUGAGAAGUAGCAUUUUAUGUGGGAGUGGACCGGUGUAUCAUCGUAGACAUAAUAAACACAAGAUUGGUUCAAGAAGUGCUCAAGGUGUUUUGCCUUUGCUCACUUAUGGUGGUGAUGGGAGAGGAGGGUCUUCUCAAGGAACCGGGCGCAGUGAUGAUGAUGAUGAUGAGCUUGAUUUAGAGGCUCAGAGUAGAUUAGAUGGGAGGAGGUGGUCUACUAGUUGUAGGAGUGAGGUUGUAGCGGUAGAUGGAAGUACACAAAGCUUCAGCCAAAAGUACAGACCGAUGUUUUUCGAUGAACUGAUUGGUCAGAGUAUAUGGCGCAGCGUACGAAUGGUUGUUGAGUCACUAAUGAACGCACUAAAAAGGUGUAGGAUCACUCCUUUUUAUCUCUUCCAUGGUCCUAGAGGAACUGGCAAGACAUCGACCGCGAAGAUUUUUUCAGCAGCCUUGAACUGUGUGGCUAUUGAAGAGAUGAAGCCUUGUGGUUACUGUAAAGAAUGCAAUGAGUUCAUCUCUGGGAAGAGUAAGGACUUUUGUGAAGUUGAUGGAGAUGAUAAGGUUAGGUACCUUUUGAGAAACAUUCCAAGGAAGUCCUCAACAUACAAGGUGUUUGUGAUAGAUGAGUGUCAUUUGUUACCAUCUAAGACGUGGCUGUCUUUUCUUAAGUUCCUUGAGAACCCUUUGAAGAAAGUUCUCUUCGUAUUUAUAACGACGGAUCUUGAUAAUGUCCCUCGGACCAUUCAGUCAAGGUGUCAGAAGUUCCUAUUUGACAAAGUUAAAGAUGCAGACAUAGUAGUGAGACUGAAGAAGAUUGCUUCAGACGAGAAUCUUGAUGUGGAAUCUGACGCGUUGGAACUGAUUGCUAGGAACGCGGAUGGUUCACUUAGAGAUGCUGAAACUAUGUUGGAGCAGCUGAGUUUGCUGGGGAAACGUAUCACCACUGGUCUAGUAAACGAGCUAGUGGGUGUUGUUUCAGAUGAAAAAAUGCUGAAACUUUUGGAAUUAGCAUUGUCAUCUGAUACGGCAGAGACAGUGAAGAGGGCUAGAGAGGUAUUGGACCUUGGAGCUGACCCAAUAGUCUUGAUGUCCCAACUAGCUAGUCUUAUCAUGGACAUCAUUGCUGGUACAUACAAGGUGGUAGACGAAAAGUACAGCGAAGCCUUCCUUGACGGACGAAACUUGAGUGAAGCGGAUAUGGAGGGACUAAAACACGCUUUAAAACUUCUUUCUGAGGCUGAGAAGCAGCUUAGAGUUUCUAAUGACCGUUCAACCUGGUUCACAGCGACUUUGCUUCAGCUUGGGUCAAUGCCUUCUCCUGGAACCACGCUUACAGGAUGUAGCAGUAGAAGGCAAAGCUCUAGAGCCACUGAUGACGACCCGUCAAGCGUUUCAAGGGAGGUGAUGGCUUACAAACAGAGAAUAGGAGGGCUUCACUUUAGUAAGUCGGCAUCGCCAAAAAGAAGCGGAAAGCAUACCCAUGAAGCGAGUUCUUUCUCCAGGGUUAUCGAUAAUACAUGCUAUAAAGCCUCCUCGUCUAGCCAAACUCCAGAGAGAGAAGCCUCCAAUGCCUCACAUGGCAAUAGUACUGCAAGCACCAUGAUGCUUACUCAAAGAAGUUCAGAGAAACUAAAUGAGAUAUGGAGAAAAUGUGUAGAAAUAUGCCAUUCCAGAACAUUGAGGCAGCUGCUCUAUACUCAUGGGAAACUUAUAUCUAUCAGUGAAGUUGAAGGUAUUCUAGUUGCUUAUAUAGCGUUUGGAGAAACCAAGAUCAAAACAAGAGCUGAAAGGUUUCUAAGCAGUAUCACAAACUCGAUGGAAAUGGUACUAAGGAGAAGCUUAGACGUCAGGAUACUACUCUUGCCUGAAACCGAGCCACUCGUAGUCCCUUACCAAACCGGGAAACCAGAUAUGACAAACAAAGUUGGAGAUCUACAUGCUGCAACAGACCUUGGAGUUGGUAGCAGUGAAGAAGGCAGAUCAAAGAUCCCAAUGCAAAGGAUAGAAUCAAUCAUCCGAGAACAAAGAUUAGAAACAGCAUGGUUACAAACCGCUGAUAAAGACACGCCUGGAUCACUAACACGGAUAAAACCUGAAAGGAAUCAGAUUCUACCUCAAGAAGACACUUAUCGCCAACCUUCUGCUGUUUCUCCUUCCGGAUUAAAUAAUGACGUUAAGCUUUUGAGAAUUGGCGAAAAUGGUGAGCUUAAAGAGAAUCUAACUGGGAGCUGUCCUCUUUCCCCGAGCUUACUUCAUGAUUCUAAGUUUGGACACAAGAAAGACAAUAUGUAAGUCCCUCAUUGUCCUUGUUGAUUCAUGCCUAUUGCCUAAGUUGGUUGUGUGUGAACAUUUUGGCUUUGGUUGUGUAGAGGAGGAUACGAAUCAGGAACAAGGAGAGUUGGUUGUAAUAUGUUACUUUGUUGGAACACAAACAAGACUCGAAGAAGUAGCAAGGUUUGUGCUAAUCAAAUCCAAACUGGUCUUUCUUUUUAAUAUUUUGAUUCUGUUUAUUUUUCUAAUUUUUUUCUUUUGGGGAUUUGGUUUAUCCUAAACAGGGUAAGGGAACUCAUGUUCGUCCCCGAAGAAGUGGGAAGAGAGGGUUCUCUCUGUUUAAUGGAUGUGCUAAGCCAAGGAAACCAGCAGGUAAAUUGAGAAGAUGAAACUUUUAGUUUCAAAGUCAUGAAAACAAAAUUGUUUCACUCAAGCUCAAAUUUAUCAUAUGUUCUUCCACUUCUAUAUAGUUUUCCUUAAGUCUAUUUGAUCAUUGAUAUGUCAAAGAAUAGCUUUAGUUAAUUCACUGUAAAGUUCCUACCACAUUGAGUUUAAUAGACUUCAUUUUUGUUUUCUUUUUAUGAAACUUCAGAAAUGUUACUAUGUAAUUUAAUAAAAUGUCAGAGAGUAGUUCAAUCUUUAGCAAUGGUUUUUGACCUUUUUAUGUACUAAUGUUUUUAUUUGAAACAACAAAUCAAGUGUUAAAGUCGUAGCAACGUUUUUAUUAAAUUACUAGUUUGUAUGGAAUAAGUAUAACUAACGUGUUAUCUCAUGUGAAUCUGUGAACCCAGAAAAAAAUUGACACAAACCACAACAUAUGUUAUGUGUUGCACAACUUGUGUAAUCUUUCAAACAAACGUCCAAUUUGUAAAUCUUAUCAAUAAUGUGUUGAUGAUUCUCUUCUCACUUUUUUGACAAAUGUAGAUGAUUCUUUUGAUUCUUCUUUUCCAUAAGAAUCAACGAGAACAAC